AUGCUUGUGCUCCAAGGAUCCCAGGAUCUGCAUAUUCUAUUUGAAUCUCUGGAAGAGAGCAUCCCUGAGACCCAAAAGGUAUAUGGUGCCAUUUUCAACAUUAAAAAUAAAAACCCAUUCAAUAUGGAGGUGCUGGUGGAUGCCUGGCCUGACUAUCAGGUUGUCAUUACACGGCCCAAGAAAGAGGAGAUGAAAGAUGACCUGGAUCACUAUACCAACACAUAUCACAUCUUCACUAAAGACCUUGACAAGUUAGAAGAAGUCUUGAGAUGUCCACAGGUUAUCAACUGGGAACAAGUCUUCCAGAUCCAAGGUUGCCAAGAGAACUUGGAUAAGGCAAUUAGAAACGUGUCAGCUUCAAAACUGGUACAGGUGGAGUACACGAAGACAAUGCUCUUUGUACCAAAAUUAUCAACGAAACACAAGACUUCAAGCAAUGACAGCAUGGAGCAAAUGGACUUAUUUAAAAUGGAUAAACCAGAUGAAAACAGCAAGAAAAUAAAGUUUCAGAGCAUCUUCUUGGACAGCUCACAUGCAGAGCUUGUGAAUGAACAGUGGAGCUUUGGGAAAAAUGAGAAGAGUUUGAAAUAUAUCCAACGCUGCCUCCAGAAUUUUCCAGGGUACAGUGUGCUAGGUCCAGAGGGGACUCCCAUCUCCUGGGUUGUUAUGGAGCAGUCUUGUGAGUUAAGGAUGGGUUACACUGUCCCCAGAUACCGGGGCCAAGGCUAUAUGAGGCAAAUUAGUUCUCAUUUUGGAAAGUUUCUUAUUCAGAAAAACAUCCCAUUUUAUCUACAUGUAGCACACGAUAAUGAGAGUACCAAAAACAUAACAAAAAAUCUGGAGUUAAAAGUCUGCCCUUGUGGCUGGCAUCAGUGGAUAUGUACCCCUCAGAAAUAUUGUUGA